AUGAGCUCAGCUCUAGAUCUUGAUGGCUCUUCCAAGGGCACCGUGCUCAACGGCCCUUGCGACUGGAAACAAUGGAUUUCUAUCAUCAAGAAAUUCGCCACGUCCCACAGUCUUUGGGACUUUCUGGACCCUGCCGUCAAGGAGGGUAAGCCGGUUCUUCAGCAGCCAGUUGAACCAACAUUCCGACAAAUCAACCACGAAGCAUCUGAUCUCGUGGAUCUGACCUCGGAGGAAUUUCGCCGUCUCGAAUUCCUCCACACCCAAUACCGCUCGAAGCUUCAAGGGUAUAGGGAUCAAGUGAAGGCACUCGCCAGCCUUCAACAACACAUCGUCAAGACCAUCGGCAACUACUACAGCACCAUUGCCGAGGAACACGACGUUGCAAAGCAACUUGCCUUGCUUCAGGCUCGGCUUCCUGAUGUCCAGGACCUUCGCCCUACCCAAGAUUUCCUACAGGCUGUUUCGUCCAUCAACGCCCCAUUCACAGACUAUUGGGUCAACAAAAUGGAAGACGAGGCCGUAUUCGGCAAGCCUGAUUGGAAGACGGACUUCCCGGACGGCAUUAAGAUCAGUGAGAUCUUUGAACGAGCUCACCGAAUCAAGGCCGCCAACAACAGCAAAGGAUCAUUCGGAGCUGCCUUCCAAGGCAAGGGAGAGAAAUCGGAGAGGAAAGAGGACAAGCCUAAGUGGUCUUCAAGCAAGAACGCUGAUGGUGUUCCUAUGUGUGUCUGCGGAGAAUAUCACCGCUUCGUAGAUUGCUUCUAUCUCAUCAAAUCAGCUCGGCCUGAUGGCUGGACUCCUGAUCAGAAGGUUGAGAAGAAGAUCAAGGAAAUCCUCGACUCCAAUCCAUGGGCAAAGAAGAUGACGGAGAAAGCACAAGACUUCAAGAAGAAGGAAAUGGAGAAAUCGUCCGACUCCUCCGUUAAAGGCACAGCGUUUGCCGAGCCAGAAGAGCUCUUUGCAGGCGAUAGUCAACUUCAGAUCCUUGGCUACGGCACAGUCCACGAUCAGAUUAUAUUUCAUACGAAACGCCGCUUUCGUCAACCGGUCAUCGAGUUCAACCCGAUUAAGGAGGACUCUCACGCCUCCAAUUUCACAUCUUCAUCUGCACCUCGCACAGUGAAAACAGCAGAUGCUACGCUUUGGCAUAAGCGCCUAGGUCACUUGAACGCUCAAGCCCUAGAGCAUCUUGUUGAGAACACGACGGGUUCGAAGAUCAAAGGCCCAGUUACCAUCGAUUGCACCGCGUGUUCCCUUGGGAAGGAAAGAAGGUCGUCUCUCGCCGAACCCUCAAAACCGAGCCCCAGACCAUUCUGGAGAAUCUACGUUGAUAUCUUCAGUAUGAACACCUCAUUCAACGGCAAGGAAGCUGUUCUUCUUAUCAAAGAUGAAUUUACAAGCAUGAUCUUCAUCUACCUUCUGAAUGACGCGACACAAGGGUCCGUUAUGACUGCUUUGAGAAACCACGAGGCAAUGGUUCAACGCCAAUGGAAUCUCAACAUUUGCAUUAUCCACCGUGAUAACGAUCGUUCUCUUCAGAGUGCGUAUGAGAGCUGGAUCGAGGAAAAGGGAUUCAAGAUGAACCUUCUGCCCUUACACUCCCGCUCAAAACGGUUCUGCAGAGCGAUCUGGGGAGACUUGGAAAGCAGCAGUGUUUUGCACAACAGAUCGCCCAUGCAGAACCACAGCUUCCGAACGCCUUUCCAGCUGCUUCAUCAGUGGCUGCGAGACAACAACAGAGACAUAGGCUACCAGCAAGACCAGCCUGACAUCACGUUUCUCAAGGCAUACGGCUGCAGAGCCUAUCCCUUGACACCCCAGGCCCUUCAGAACAGACAGAAGAAGGACCUAAAGACCGACCCUCACACAGAAAUCGGUUAUCUCGUUGGAUAUGAUUCCACGAACAUUUUCAGGAUCUGGAUUCCGUCCACAUCAGAAGUCCGAAGGGUCCGAGAUGUGACCUUCAAUGAAAGCAUCUUCUAUGACGGAAAUGAUCAGCCACCAGAACCUAUCCCACAGCGCGUGGAAGUACAGCUUCCAGCCCACAUCGAGGACGAGUCGGAUUACGAGGAAAUCCCCACUCAAAUCGAUGAACCUGAACCUGACCCCGUUGAGCAAUCUCCCUCAACCUCAGACCAAGGAGACGCCACCACGAUUGUGGUACAACCCGAACCAUCUGAUCAUGAGGACUCGGAUGAUCAGGAUGAGUUUCAUGACAUUCAGCACCCAUAUCCGACACCGGACCCCGGUCCGAGUGACUCAGCCACGGCGCUCAGCCCGCUCACCAAAGCUCUGCCAGGCCAGAAAUUUGCUACUUUCGUCAAACAACUCGGUCUCGUCGAUAUCUCUACGUUGCUAGGGAUCUAG